AUGCCAAGGACUGUUAGUCCGUGUGAAGUGCAACCGGAGAUAUUUGAGGAUCGCCCUGCAAAGCUUGGUAGAAAGAUAGAGAUCUGUCAUGUGGAGACAAAGGAUCCUCACUUUGAAGUGGCGAGUAAACCGAAGCUGCUUCAUAAGGAUAAUGCUCUUGUAGUUGGUAUUGUGCUUAAUCAACAGUUCGAAUAUGAAGAGAAGCUAGCAGAGAGGCAGGAAGGAGCCCUCAAGGGCAUAAGAGGGUAUGAAAUGAUGAAUGGUGUGAUAACAGAUAUGGAACUGCUAUGUGUUCGGCACACCAUUAUCACAUUCGAGUUGCAGUUGCAGACAGCAUCACAGGCAUUGGACGGAGGAUCGAUUGUGUACCAAGUCUGGGUGACGCUUAAGCCCAGAGCUGUUACAACACCAAUGGAAGCUAGGAUAGUCCAGGGGAUACUGAAAUAAUCGCGACUGAACUGAACCAUCCAGGUUGUCAACUUGGGUUUCCAUUUAGCUUUGUAGUGCUUUUCUAUUUGGGCCAACACUGCUGAAUAUUUCCAUGUUAGGCACCAAGUCAGUACUUAUCUCAUGGAAAAGUUGAGCUAGCUCAUCAUCUCUCCCCGCGUUGUAUAGUACGCCUUCCGACCUUAGCAGUUUAACAUCUUCUGCACUACUAAUCAGUGAUGACAUGAAGCAUAUGUAAGAGUUGACCACAAAGUCAUUUUGGAAAUCAGGACACAUUUCUUAGGCUAUCAAAUUCGA